AUGGCUGAAUCUCGCAGGGUUCAGCUGACCACUCUGUCCUGUGACGCUGCUUCUGCCGCGCCGGAGUCUCCGUCAGGUGCUCCGCACUCGACAGAGGACCGAGCCGCCGACACAGUCCGACUGGAGCUCACUUUGUUCGAGCCUGAUGAGAGGAGCUUUCCGGAGUUCAGCUACAGUCAGCUGGUCGACAGCAAGAUCAGCCGCAGGAAAGGUGACGUCCCGCAGAGCAGAUUUGAAGAGGAGCGAGUGAACGAUGAGGUCGCUGCCAUUGCAAAGAAGCUGGAGGAGAAAUAUGGGGGCAAACCUGAGAAAAAGAAGGACCGCAUUCAGGACUUAAUCGAUAUCGGAUACGGUUACGAUGAAGAGGAUUCUUUCAUUGACAACUCAGAGGCUUAUGACGAAUUCGUGCCGGUCUCCAUCACGACCACACUGGGUGGGUUCUAUGUAAAUUCGGGUGUGCUACAUUUCCGCCAGGCUUCUGACACGGAGGACCUCACAACAGAGGAGAAAACACUGGAGCCCUCAAAAAAGCGUAAACUCAGCGGCAGGAAGGAUAAACCAAAGAAGAAGCCGUGCAGAGAAGGUGGAGAGAUGAAAAGCAGAGUGGAUCCCGAGUCGAGCAGUUUGUCUGAAAUUGUGGCGGAUGAUGAGAUGAAGAAGAGGAAGAAGAAAAGGGCCGUUGGCACUUUAAGCAUCACCAGCAUGUUGAAAAAGUUUCAGAGAGAGAAGGAAAAGGAGCGACAGAAGGCGCUGAAAGCCAAUCAGAGAGCAGCAGCAGUCCUGAAUGCACCCACAAUGCCCCUGUUCCCCGCCGAUGCAGCUGGUGGGGGAGGCUCCGGAUUGGCCGACCCCCUCCUCAGUUUAAUCGGAUCGACCAAUGACCACGCCCUCAUCCAAGCAGCCAACACAGUGGAUUUUGACAUCGAUUUGGACUCUUUGUUUGACGUCAGUGAAGGUACUUCCUCGCCAAAAUCGCUUCCUCAACCUGCCACCGAGACGCAGCUUUUUCAGCCCAAAACAGAUGAUCACGCUGACGCCCAGCCUCCAAACGCAAAGAUCAGCUCACAGCCAAAGCCUCUUUCAGAGCAAAUCCAGCUCCUGUCGCAGACCAGUUCUACAUCGCCACAGCUGUGUGUUCCGCUGCGGGGGCUUCCAGCAGGACUGGAGGACAGCAUUCAAAAACUGAUGGUGGCUGCCAAGACCUCGGAGGGGGAGUCCAAAUUCAAGUUCUUCACUCCAGAAAUCAACUCAAUCCUGCUUGACAUUGAGUUGCAGUGUCGGGAGCAGGGUGGCCAGGUGCGCUCCAAGGUGUACACACACCUGUCACCUUUCCUGCCCUGCAGCAGAGAUACACUCCUCAAACGUGUGAAGAAACUGUUACUCACACACACGUUCAAGUUGUCUUAUUUACAUGUGACUUGCUUCUGGAAUUUGAAGGAGGAACCUCCUGACGUGGAGGACCCCAUGCACAAACUUAAGGUGGCCAUUGGCAAAGCUAUGCCGGAGCAGAUUGCACGCUUCCAUGAAGACUGCCAAGAGUAUGAACAAGUCAAGACUUCAAAAGCAACGGAGGAGGAGAAAGAAGGCAAACAGAAGGUGAAAGCUGGCCCGGACGACAAUACGGAGGAGAAAGGCGGGAAAAGAGGAGGCCCUAAGAAGCUGUUCAAAUGGAAUGACGAGAUCAGGGAGAGCUUGUGCCAUGUGCUAAGGGUGAAAAUGGAGAGGUAUAAAAAGGAAGGGAAAGGGAGCCAGGAGCUGGAGGAGUACCUUAAGACCUUGUUAGACAAUGAGGUCAAAGCGCUCUGGCCAAAAGGUUGGAUGCAGUCUAGGGUGCUGAUAAGGGAGAGCAGGAACAUUUUAAGCCUCUUUACAUCGUUACCAGUAAAAAAGGCCAGGCCUGAGAAGAAGAUGAGGAAGCUGCCAUAUAUUGGCGGUCCCCCCACUACCUCAGAUGGCUGCAGCGCUCUGCAGGGAUCUCCACCACUGAAAGGACUCCCCCAGGCAGCAGAUGAAGUCUUUAUCGAGGGCUCAGACAUCUCCAAUUCUGUGUCACUCAGUGCUGCGAAGAAGGAAGUUGCUGCCCUGAAAAAGCUGGAGGGUAAAACCGGAGGAGGGGCGGCGGCGGAUGCUGGUCCCUCCACACACGCGGUGCCAGGCGAGCCUCCGGCCACAUCUGCUCUAACUCAUUCGCUUCUGGAUCUCCUCGCUGAUCAAGCGCUGGCUCCAGAGCAGCCUCUCUUGGCUUCCCAGGAGCUGCUAGCAGCAGCUGUUGCAAAGUACAAUCGUUCAAUUCAGCACUGGAGCUUUGGGGUGGACACCAGGAGUUUUCACUCUCCGCCUCCGCCUCCUCAGUCCAGCCCAGUCGGGUUCCCGGUGAGCGGGGCCUGUCAGGUUGUUUUGCCCCUGCAGAUCGGAGACUUCGCCCGGCAUGUGGAUGCAGGCCAGGUGCAGAUCAUCUCUGAUGAUGCUGACAUUACUAUACAAUGACCACUCCACACUUUACACACAGCAUGUUUAUUUUCUGCUGUAGCACUUUAGAACUUUAGUAUUCCACUCAUAUAAAGGUGGAUGACCCACACAUAAAUAAAUAAAUAAAUAAAUAAAAAUAAUUAGCAAAAUGAAAACUUCCUGACUUUUGGUCCCUACUGUGAAUCAAGCAAUAAUAUACACUUCCCAAAAUGCAACAAAUGGUGUCUUUUUUUUUUGUGGCUUCCCUGCCUGUUAAAUAACACGUCUUUCAAACUCCUGCUAAUGAUGACCAUGAGAUGUGGUGAGGAAACGCUAAUCAAUAAUGCUUGAAUCAAUAUUUUGUUAGACUUCCAAUUCCAGGGACAACAUCUUCAAAAAAAGAUUUUGUUGAGUUGCAUUGGGUUUAUUUGUGUUUUUGUAGUUUAUUUUAUUUCAGCUUUCAAAAGAAUAUAAUUCACAUUUGGUGAAUGUCAAGUGCUGCAAGAUACCUUGAAGAUUGUAAUAACUUGCUUUAGUGCUGAUGACCCAGAUAUUUUGUCAAGUGGAUCGAAAAUCGUGCAUCCGGCUCUUCCCUUUAAAUGGGAUCAGUUUCCUUGGAGACAGACUGGACAUGUGUUGGAUUCUCGCAAAAUAAAUAAGAUACUAUUAAUCUGACUUUUUGUCUACACCCACAAGCUCUGUGUGCUUCUCAGCUGAAGGUGUGUUGGCAUAUUAUUUUUGUUCUUUAAGACUUGUGUUGAGCAUGAGAUGAGGAAACUGAUGGCAGUAAUACUAAUUGGCACUUUUACCAAAAAGCAGAGAUGUGAACUGACAUUUUCUGGUAAAAACCUGCUGCUGCUACUCAAAGGAUUGUAUUUGAAAGGCUUUGUUUGAAAUUUAAAUGAUUUGCUUUGAAUUAAUAAAUAGUAAAGAG